AUGCCGCUCCUGACAGCUUCGUUCUGGCGCCAAGACCCCUCCUCCACGUCUUUUGUCCCGUUCAACAGCGCUGAUAACAUGCCAGAUCGACCAGGACGCCUGGGCCGUCGUCGCCCCUUCUCGUCCUUGAUGAAGAAGCUAGCUAGUCUCAAGGCUGCUUCUUCCGGCGACGGGAACCGCCUUGUCAGCUCCAAGCGCGGCGCGUCCAAGAAGCGCCAAAACAACCCGUAUCCCCAGUCAGGGCUUGUUGGAGUCCCUACGUCAUCUCAGAACAGCCAGAGCCGUUACUCCGUGUCGUCUGGAACCAGCAGGAGGCCGUCGACUGCGGAGUCUUACGACUCUGUUGAGCGCCCAAGCGACGAACAACCUCCGCCGACCGCGGGCGCCCGCUCAAUGGCAUUAACAAUAGCGACGGAUCAUGAAACUGCGCGCUCAAUAGCUGCGGCUUCUCUGAUUACCGGGACAACGCGGACUGCGACUUAUCGCGGCGGUAGAGAUAGCACUUUUUCGUCCCCAGCACCGUCCGUGCGAUCCUUGACCACAACCCUGACCACCAUCCAGACCACUGCACAUGGCGUCACAGGGGGGCAUCAGCACCAACAUUCUCACCACAAUUCCCAAGUCAUUCAAUUCAGCCAACCAUUCCCUACAACUCCAGCGUCAGCCAUUCCAGCACAUCUCCAGCAGCCACAGCCUGCAGGCCAUCCCAUCACAUAUGCCGCUGCGACGGCCAACGGCCUGCUAACCGAUAACGCGUCCAUUCUGACUCUCGCCUCCUCGUCAAAGCGACGUCGUCGUCGAUCUUUGGACACAGAUGCUUCGACCAGGGCCCUCCCUCCCAGCUCUCUAUGGGGCGGCAGUCGCGAGUCGCUGCCCUUGAGUGUCCUCAGCGCGAACCUGGACAACGUCGGGAGUCCUAACAAUACCGCCCCCAACGGCGUCCCUGGCACUCCAGGCUUGCACCGCAGCGGCACACUGACUACAACCGGGGAGCGUGCCAGCAUCUACUCAGCAACGGGGAUCCUGGCGGCUGCUACGGCUGGCGAGCGAAGCAGUCUACAUGCAAGGCAAGGUUUGAACGGCGGCGCGGAUGCUGCGAGCGUCAGGAGUGGGCUUCUUGGUCAUGGACGGGCUGAUAGUGCCAGCGGGAGUGUGUUGGGUUUUGGCGUGGGUACGUCGGCGUCAGCGACGGCCACUAGCCCUCUAGCCACUCCCAAGGAAGGGCACAGUGCAACUGAGGAUGAGGGGUCAGGACAUGAAUCUAGCGGCAUGGGUCGGGAGGAACCAGGACGAGAUGACAAAGCUUGA